GACGCGCUCUCGGGCACUAGGUGCUUCCGGUCUCCAAUACCGCAGGAGGGCGGUCUUCCCUGGCUCGCUAACUCGGCUGCUCUGGGGGAUUCGUGCGCCGUAAGAAGCUGCGCGGCAGUGCGGUGAGGUGAGGUUCUCAGACACGAAAGGUACCACUGACGAAAUUAUGACCAGGUGGGCCCGAGUUAGUACCACAUAUAACAAGAGACCCUUGCCUGCAACAUCAUGGGAGGACAUGAAAAAGGGAUCCUUUGAGGGAAGAAGCCAAAACCUACCAAAGCGUAAACAACUUGAAGCCAAUAGGCUAUCCCUCAAAAAUGAUGCACCCCAAGCAAAACAUAAAAAGAACAAAAAGAAAAAAGAGUACUUAAAUGAAGAUGUGAAUGGAUUCAUGGAAUACCUAAGACAGAAUUCACAGAUGGUUCACAAUGGGCAGAUUAUAGCAACAGACAGUGAGGAAGUAAGGGAAGAAAUUGCAGUUGCUUUAAAGAAAGACAGUCGACGGGAAGGAAGAAGAUUAAAAAGACAAGCUGCAAAGAAAAAUGCAAUGGUGUGUUUCCAUUGUAGAAAACCUGGUCAUGGAAUUGCAGAUUGCCCUGCUGCCCUUGAAAAUCAAGACAUGGGCACUGGGAUAUGUUACAGGUGUGGGUCCACAGAGCACGAAAUAACCAAGUGUAAGGCUAAAGUAGACCCGGCUCUUGGCGAAUUUCCUUUUGCAAAAUGUUUUGUUUGUGGAGAAAUGGGGCACCUGUCUAGAUCUUGUCCUGAUAAUCCCAAAGGACUCUAUGCUGAUGGUGGUGGUUGCAAACUUUGUGGCUCUGUGGAACAUUUAAAGAAAGAUUGCCCUGAAAGUCAGAAUUCAGAGCGAAUGGUCACAGUUGGUCGCUGGGCAAAGGGAAUGAGUGCAGACUAUGAAGAAAUUUUGGAUGCACCUAAACCGCAAAAACCCAAAACAAAAAUACCUAAAGUUGUUAAUUUUUGAUAACAACUAGCACUAUCAUUAGUUACCACCUCAUUGUUACUUUCUAAACCAGGCCCGCUUCACGAGUUAAGAGUUGAGCUCCCCUGUAGCCAGGACUAUGCUGUAGAUAUCAGUAUGAUCUGGGUGUGGCCAAAAACAAUUUUCUUUAUUCUGUCCAUCAAAUAGUACUUCUACCACUGUUUGGAGAAAAUUGAAGAAAAGAAUAAGAUGAUUAAAUGGAUUCUCUCAAAGAACAUAUUUUAAGAGACAGAGCUUAGACAUAACCAAGUAGUUGUAUACCUGAUUGUAACAAUCAUCUUUUAUAAAAGCAAAAUUAUGCAUAAAUGUAAAACAUCCCUAAACAAAGGGAACAAAUGAAUUUUUGGUUAUAUUGUUUUCUUGGCUCAAAGUAUCAAUUUAUUAUUAUAAUAGAAAUUUAUAAGUUGCUAGAAAGUCUAUAUUUUUAAAAUAUGGAAUAAAAAUGUUUUCUAUUGUUUGUUUUUCUGAA